AUUUUCCAUAUCUCCACCAUUCGCUUUCAGUUGCUUUAUCCCGAAGCUUGAUCAAUUAUUUGCUGCUGGUUUGUCAGGUUCUUCAAUUUGUAUAUUAUAUCCACGAAAGCUGACACGGGAUGAAACAAAAAUUAGCAAACAUUGUAUUCGUUGCGAUCGCAGUGUUAAUUCCUUUGAAUUCCGCAAAAGUCGCCACGUUUUCUGCUAAACUGCGAUCGAAACAUGGACUCAUUCCGGCAACUGUCCGACAAGACGACUGCUCGUCUUUCUUGACCGACCUGACAGGAGAAUUUUCCUCGCCAAAUUAUCCCGGGGAUUAUCCAAACAAUGCGAUUUGCACCUGGGAAAUCGAGGUGCCAGAAGGUUACAGAAUUCGCCUUACAUUCCCGGAAUUUCGUCUGGAAACAAGUUCCGAAUGCCACAAAGACUUCGUUGAAAUUUACGACGGGAACGAUUUUCUUUUAUUCUGUGGCAGAGAAAAGCCUCCACCAGUCGAUUCCGUGGCCAACGUGAUGAGCGUUAUGUUCAUUUCUGACGACGCCAUUCAUGCUGGUGACAAGUUCUUGGCAGAAUAUGUGGCUUUCCAGGGGGAACUGACGACUUCUGACCCAACUGGAAGUCCACAAGUGAAUACAGAUUCUUCCACGACGACUACAACGAUUCGAUCAACGACGGAAGGAGGAGGAGGAGGAGACUACAAUUGUUCAAUGACACUUGAUGUCGGCGAUCCGUUGGUCUUCUCCUUCUUCUCGACGCCAAAUUAUCCUGCUGCAUUUCCUGCUGGAACAAAGUGUAGAUGGGAAAUCAUAGACAAUUCAGAGAAAAUUUCCCACAGUCAAGUUGGAAAAAUUGAUUACGUUCCUGACAUUCGAGUGGGAUUCUUGAGUUUCAAAACCCAGACUGGAGAUUUGGCUGAAGUUUUCUUCAAUGGGACCGAAACUCCUUAUGCCUCGUUGGAUGGGAACCAAAACAUCGAUAAUGGAAACCAUACGUUGGCAACAGCAGCUUUUAGAAAUGGGAAAAACAUCACUGUCACUUUCGAUGCUGCAAAAUCUGAUGAAGGAUUCCUCUUUUUCGCAGCCAAAGAUGUGCCGAGAAUUUUCACAACCGACGAUCGACGGAAAGAAAAUCCCGCGAAACUUCGAUUGAAAAAUUUGCCACGUAAAGGAAAGAAGUUUGUCAACGUGGAUUUAGUUACUGGAAAAAUCAGCGCAAGCGACAAAAAGCUCUUGAAACUGGUCAAUUUGGCAAAGAAACAUGGUUUCAAGCGACAAGAUGAGCUGAAUUAUGGACAUUUUACGUCCCCGAAUCAUCCAAAUUUUUACAAUAAUCAGGAAUCCGUAGUUUACAAAUUCACUGCGGCUCAAGGUCAAAAAAUUGCGUUUCAUUUCCCGCGUUUCAACACAGAACCUCAUCAAGAUUGGCUGAUUUUGCAAGAAUCCAGCGGAAUUGCCAGACUUCGAGAUGCGAAGCAAGACUGUUCGGAAUAUUUAACCGGCAUGAAUGGGGAAUUUUCAUCCCCUAAUUAUCCCGGAGAUUAUCCAAACAACGCAAUUUGUGUCUGGGAAGUCGAAGUCCCAAUAGGCUACCAAGUCCACUUAACCUUCGAGGAAUUCCACUUGGAAAAUAGUCCAAAUUGCGACAAAGACUAUGUGGAAAUCUAUGACGGCUUCGAUUAUUUCUUGUAUUGUGGAAGAGAAUUUCCACCAGCUGUGGUUUCUAGAAGCAAUGGACUUAGUGUCACUUUAGUUACAGACGGGGAAAUUCAUUUGGGCAAUAGAUUCAAGGCGUUUUUUCAAGCUGUUGAUGGAAGUAUUUCCACAACAACGACACCAAAUCCUGGAAUGGAAAUCCCAAUCCGUGAAAUGAACAGAGUGGAAAUUGCUCUGAAAACCCUGGAUGUUUCGGACAUGUCAAUUUUCGGCUAUUUCCGAAUGUCUCCUGGUCAUCCGCAAAAUUACACGGAAGGACUUAAUUACACCUGGGUAAUCACAAACAAUUUUGCCCCUGACAACUCCUCAGAAACCACGGAAACCAGAAUUGUUUUCCUCAGGUUUAAGACAUCACCCUACGACCCGGUGACUGUGAGAACAGACAUCGGAGCAUUUUACUACGCUGGAAAUCUGCAAAAUGAAAUUUCAAACGAUUGUACAAUAUAUUCUCUGCCAUAUUUGGACAGUCAUUUGUUGGCUACCCAUGUCAAUUUCGUCUCACGUCCCAAUGGUUUUGGGUACACUGACUCUGGAUUUCUUUUCUUUGUAACGAGAUCCAUUCCUCCUGAUCCUGCCUCUCGUUUAGAAGAAACUACUCAGCAAAUAAGGAAACCCUUGACAGAAGUUGAGUCACAGAACAAAUUGGAGGGUUUGAAGACCCCAAAGGUUGUGGUCACUAUUGACAUGCGGAAGCAGAGGAUCACUGCAAACUUUCCAGGAGCAGAAAAUUACGCUGGUUUUGGCACGUUGGAUGACAGACAAGAUUUCAACAGCUCUUUUGGCUGGUUUUCUUCUCCAAAUCAUCCCUCACGAUACCCUUUUUUUCAAAAUAUCCAGUACAACAUUUUAGCUCAUCCUGGAGAAAGAAUUGCACUUGCUUUCCCAAGAUUUGCUCUGGAAACAAAUUAUGAUUAUCUUGUCAUCACGGAUCCCUUGUGCAGGAAUUGCACCUUGUGGCCGAAUAUUAAUAACGACAUCGCCUUGAUUGCAUUGAACAGAAAGAUCGACUACGUUUCAGGAGCAAUUGAACCUGCUUGGCUUCCUUAUCCGGACCAGGAAUUUUUCUUGACUGCAACAGCCAUUGGUUGGGGUGCCAUUGAUGAAAAUGAACCAGGUCCGGAGGCCACUUUGAGAAAAGUUGAGUUGAAUUUGGUGUCAAACAGGGAAUGUGCUGCAGCAUAUGCAAAUGUCGAAGGGUUUGCCCCAGUCCUUGAUACCAUGAUCUGUGCGGGUGUUCCAGAGGGUGGCAAAGGGUCCUGCGGGGGGGAUUCCGGUGGUCCAUUGAUUUGCACUGAUUGGGAGGCAGAAAAUCGGAAAAUUCCAUGUGGGAUUACUUCUUGGUCUCUGGGUUGUGCAAAAGAAGGGUAUCCAACGGUGUUCACUAAUAUUUCAAGCUACAGGAAUUGGAUCGGUUCUUGGAUUGGACUGUGAAAUAUACCUUGACUGCCUCCUGCCUCUAGAAAAAUA